UUACCAAGGCUUUCUCAAUCAAAAACUCCAUACAUUUUUCGCUUCACUCACACACGCCCAUUCGAACCUGAAAUUUCGUAUUUUCUCUCUCCUCUUCCUCGUCCUCGAAUUGCAGAAGCUCGUUCCAGAUGGGCAUAUUUUCAUGCCAUUGUUUACUUGUUCUUGCCCUCGCUCAUGGACGGGCCUGCUCUGCUAAAUAAUGGAUGAGAAGAAAAGGGAAGAGCUUGCUGGCUUACUGACUAUACUCCCUCCAGUGGAGUUCUGCUGCGUUUAUGGUUCAACUCUGCAUCCCAACAAUCAUGAUAAGUCUCGGAUGAUUGACUAUAUUCUUGGUGUUCAAGAUCCUGUUGAAUGGCACUCACAGAACUUGAAGAUGAACAGGAACCAUUAUGCCUCAUGGAUGGUGCACCUUGGUGGUGCGAAACUGAUUACUGAGGUUGCUGAUAAAAUUGGUGUAGGAGUGCACUUCAACCCUUUUGUAUCUUGGAAUGACAAGACUUUUAAGUACGGUGUGGUCAGAGUGCAUGACUUGGUUGAGGACGUAUUGAACUGGGAAACGUUUUACUUGAGUGGUCGUCUACAAAAGCCUGUCCAUGUUCUUGUGGAUAAUUUGGAAGUUUCUAAUAUAAACUCUUCUAACUUAAGAGCUGCAACCUCAGCUGCUUUGCUAUUUUUACCUCCCAAUUUCACUCAGGAGGAAUUUUAUGCAAAAAUAUGCAGCCUUUCUUACAAGGGUGAUCUACGCAUGCUUUUUGCAGAGGACAGGCAUAAGGUGAAAAAGAUUGUGCAAGGGCAGUUUGAUUUGUUUAAAGGAAUUUAUAAGCCAGUUUUGGAAGAAUUUGCCACCAAAGGCUUGUUAAGGUUCUCAUCAUCUGGCACUCACCUAGAAAAUAUCACUCAGGAUUGUGGUUUACCAGCAGUUCAGUCCCUUGUCUCUUGUCUCCCAAAUGCAGUCAGAAGCAACAUGAGCAUGAAACUUGGAGAGAGAAAGAACAUAAGUACUGGUCCAGUUGUCAAUAAAAUUGUAUUAAAAUCGAGAGCAGAUGCUGCAAAUUGCCUGGAGAAGAUUAUAAGACGUAAAGUCAUGGUUUCCAGCGUCAGACAGGCUGUUUCUGGUGUAUUGACAGUAGGUGCCGCCAAAGCUACUAGAUAUCUUGCGAAUAAGAUGCACAAGGCUUGGAAUUCCUGGAUUUAAGAAUUUUCAACUCUAAGCUGACAUUUGAGGUUUCAACAAAAUUUUGACCUGCAACAUCAUACUGAAAUCUGGCUGCAAGAUUUAUUAGGACUCUCCAUAGGUCCCAACUAAGGGCUGAUUGGAACUACAAUAUGUUUCUGAUCAUGGUGUUUGAUGAGAUUUUUGGGCAACCCCAAAAUCAAUGUGCAUAGGGUUAAGAUCAUCAUCCCAGAAUGUAGAAGGGAUUUUGAUCAAUGAGCAUCUUGGAUACAAAUCAGGAAACUUUUGCAAUACGACAUCGAGGCAAGCUCUAUACUUAGUUUAGCUCUUCUUGUACAAGUAUCAGCUCGGCUCUCAUCUCAUUUGGCAAACUCCUCCCUCGCUUGAUGAGUUUAAGACCUUGUGCCACAGGAUUGGGAGGUGCACCUCACUUAUAGGGGCGUAUCGAGCAUGGGUUCGGUGGGUUCAAUUGAACCCACGAAAAUCUGGAAAAAGAACAAGAAAAAUGGCUGAAAAUGGCAAUUACACAAUAGAUAUAAGUAUUCCGCGCCGUACAAAUUACUCUCUCUGUCCCAAUUUAGUUGCUACAUUUGCUUUAUCACAAUUUACGAGAUGCAAUUUCAAACACCAUCUUGAGUUACAUAUAUGAAAAAAUUAUAAAAAUUAUGUAUUUGGAAAAUACAAAUUGUGACGAAUCAAAUAAGAUUCAACAUGAGUGUUUUUUCUUAUGUAUAUGGAGUAAAAGAUAGUCAAAGUUAUGACGUGAAUAGUGCUUACGGUUAAAAUGUAGUAACUAAAUUGGGACGGAUGGAGUAAGUAAAUAUUGCGUGAAUAGGGUGAGAUUGCCUUCCCUUAGAGACAAAAACACAAGUUUAUGGGUGAGAUUGCUUGUCCAUGGAGAAAAAUGUCUUCUCAUGGAGAUUUUAAGGGUGUUUUCCUAAUAAAAUUAUACUUAAAAUUUAUUUUCA